AUGAAUGAAAUUGGAAUAGCAGCUACAUUACAUGUACAAUACCGGGCUCUGCAGUGUUGCAUUCUAUCAUACUAUAUCAAAAUGGCCACAGCGGUGCAGAACCCCCUCAAAUCGCAAUCUGGAGGUGCAGUCAUCAAGAACAGUCUUGGUGAGGAGUUCUAUAAGGAGGCCAUCGAACACUGCCGCAGCUACAAUGCCCGUCUGUGCGCCGAGCGCUCCAUGCGUCUCCCCUUCCUGGACUCCCAGACCGGCGUGGCCCAGAGCAACUGUUACAUCUGGAUGGAGAAGAACCACCGCGGACCAGGUCAUGCUCCAGGUCAGUUGUACACAUAUCCCGCUCGCUGCUGGCGCAAAAAGAGACGGCUAAACAUCCUGGAGGACCCACGGCUCGUACCGAUCGAGUUCAAGAUCGACUACGAGGCUUCUCUAAAGAAGGAGGGGGGCAUCCCAGAUGGUCCCGUGUUGGAGUCGCUGCUCGCCGGGGAAACCCUGGACAAGAAGGUAGAAACCAAGGAAGAAGAGCCAAUGAGCGAGUGUCAGAAGCUGCUUGUCGGGGAUUUCCCUCACGAGCUGGAGGCGGACGAGAUAGAGGAAGACGUCCCAAAACGCAAGAACCGUACCAAAGCACGGGCCUACGGUGUCGGCGGCAUGAGGAAGAGACAAGAGCCGGCUGCCAUCGAAGACAGAGACAAGCCUUACGUCUGUGACAUCUGUGGAAAGCGCUAUAAGAACCGCCCAGGGCUGAGUUACCAUUACACUCACACACACCUGGCAGAUGAGGAGGGGGAAGAAGACUCGGAGCGACACACGCUACCCUUCCAGCGCAAGAACAACCACAAGCCCAAGAAAGCACCGGACGGCUCAGUGAUCGCCAACGGCUACUGCGACUUCUGCCUCGGAGGCUCAAAGAAGACAGGCUGUCCUGAAGACCUUAUCUCCUGUGCGGACUGUGGACGCUCAGGCCACCCGUCCUGUCUGCAGUUCACAGUGAACAUGACGGCUGCGGUGAGGACUUAUCGCUGGCAGUGCAUCGAGUGCAAGUCCUGCAGUCUGUGUGGCACCUCUGAGAACGACGACCAGCUGUUGUUCUGUGACGACUGCGACAGAGGCUACCACAUGUACUGUCUGAGCCCUCCCAUGUCUGAACCUCCAGAGGGGAGCUGGAGCUGUCAUCUGUGUCUGAGACACUUGAAGGAGAAGGCCUCGGCCUACAUCACCCUCACUUAA